AUGGCUUACCCUCAGACCGCAUUUCGCGCUGUUACCGUCCACGACGAUUCGCUUAUUGGCAGACGCAGACAAGCCGUCGUCAAGAACACCUUACUGUAUCAGCUGGAUGUGCUGAAGAAGACUGGCAGGUACGAUGCCUUCAAGCUGAAGUGGCACCCGGUCUACGAUGAACCACCUCUCAUCUGGCCUGUCCCCAAUCACCUGUUCUGGGAUUCCGAUGUGGCCAAAUGGAUCGAGGGUGCAUGCUAUUGCCUCAAGCAGCAGCCCUUGCCAGAGAUCGAUGCCGCCAUUAAGGAAUUGGUUGAGAUGAUUAGAUCAGCCCAGCAGCCUGACGCGUACCUCAACAUCCACUACACAGUCGUUCAGCCUGGGAAGAGAUUCACGAACUUGAAGGAUAUGCAUGAACUAUACAACGCUGGUCAUCUGAUAGAAGCAGCUCUUGCACACAACAAUCUUUACGGAAACGAUCAGCUACUGGCUCCGAUUGUGAAAUACGUUGAACUGCUGUGCAAGACGUUCGGCCCGCAUUCUUCCCAAACACACGGCUAUCCUGGACAUCCUGAGAUCGAACUUGCUUUGCUACGUUUGUACGAGCGCACCAACGACCCAAAGCAUCUGGAACUAGCAAAGUAUUUCUUGACUGAACGAGGCAACCCAAAAGGUGUGGACGGUACCAACUACUUCUUGUGGGAAGCGCAGCAGCGUGGCGAUGAUCCAGACAAGCGACCAGCAUUUUACUCCGAACCACAAAGUCUUUGGUACCAUCAGGCUCAUGCGCUCAUUGCGGAUCAAGCAACAGUGGAAGGGCAUUCUGUCCGCGCAAUGUACUUACUCACGGCCGUGGCCGAUCUGUGCCGGAUUGAUAAAGGUGACGAACUGCAGCCGCUACAAUCUGCACUCUUCGGCCUGUGGGACAACAUGACACGGAAGAAGAUGUACGUGACCGGUGGAAUCGGCGCCAUCAAGCAAUGGGAAGGCUUUGGACCUGAGUACUUCCUGCCUCAGGGAACAGAUGAGGGCGGUUGUUAUGCCGAAACCUGUGCCGCUAUUGGCAUUAUGAUGCUGGCACAACGUCUCCUACAGGUAUGUGGUCACAAUUCAUCAUGGCCACUAAAUUUGACAGAUGUACAGAUCGACUGCAAUUCGCGAUACGGAGACGUCAUGGAGUUGUGCCUGUACAAUGCGGUCUUGACUGCAAUGUCGCACGAUGGUAAAGGCUUCACAUACGUUAAUCAGCUGGCUUCCAGCGACACAGAUCUAUCAAAACGAGAAGACUGGUUCACUGUCGCCUGCUGUCCGCCAAACAUGCUUCGAGUGCUGGGAUCAAUAGGCGGUUACAUCUGGAACUUGCAACAGAACGACGAUGCCCGCCCCGUCGUGACAGUCAACCUAUACAUCUCAAGUACAUUGGAGACUGAGAUCACCGGACAGCCACUGCGCAUCACUCAGAAGACCGACUAUCCCUGGGAUGGCACGGUCGACUUCGACGUUGGAUCAAGUGUGCCUGGAUUGGAACUGAGAGUCCGCAGCCCAGCAUACGCUUCCUCGCACGACAUCAGUCCAGCUUGUCCGGGCGCUCAGCUGCAGGACGGCUACCUCUCCCUCCCCGCAGACUGGCUCGCCGAGCACAAGAAGUUUACUUUAUCGAUUCCGUUCAAGGCACGAUGGGUUGCACCACAUCCUUCUACGGAGCAGAGCACGAUUACACUUGCUAGAGGGCCCGUCAUCUACUGCGUUGAAGAUUACGACAACAAUUGGGUCAACGAUCACUUCAGAGGACUGACCAUUGAUCACAACGCCGCUUUGCACGAAGAGAAGACGACAGACGCUACCACAGGUGACAGCUAUGUCUCAUUGAUACUGAAAGACGGUGCUCGAAACAUUUCUGCUGGGCAGAUACCAGCCUACCCUUCCGUUGGCGUCGAGGACUUGCGCUCGGCCAUACAGCAGGCUGAGAAGAUAGAAUGCCUGCAUUUCGUGCCGUACUACUUCCGAGGCAAUCGCGGAGGCAAAGGGCAUAUGCGAGUUGGUCUCAAGCGCUCUGAACAGUGA